CUUCUUCCACUGCCUUCUCCCGGCUGCACAUGCGUGGCAAGACGAGUACAACCUUUUCCCUCCCCAGGCAGCGUCUUCCCGUUGGUUCUUCGAUCCUGCAUUGAAAUCUGCUUCACCCCCUCCUUGCUGCCCUACCAACCACGUCCGUUGCGGCCACCAAAUCAUGCAGGUGCGGAGAUGAUAAGCGAUCGAAGAUUGCACAUUAGCAAUCUACUCAGCGAGAGACCCGGCGAACGCGCUGCUGGUGAAGCGAUAGCGCCGCCGACCACUCCGCAGCGCGCCCUCACCAAUGGCCACGCGAACAACGCCGGACCGCGUCCGAUAACGCGGUUUGUCGAGAAUGGACGGGAAUACUACGCCUACGGCGACCGCGUGGUCUAUCCUCUUCCUUGCGACGAUGUCGAGCUCGAGCGCCUCGAUGCACUCCACAGCAUGAUCCACGAGCGCGCGCUCAACAACCGACUGGUGAAUGCAGAGCUCGAUUGGCAAGCGCAGCGCCGUCUCCAUAUCCUCGACGUUGGCUAUGGAACAGGAAUAUGGGCCAACGACUUGGCGAGGCUGAACACCAAUAUUAGUGUCGUCGGCAUCGACCUCUGCUCCAACUCGCCUGCCCGAAGCGAUGACACUCCCAACGCCACCUUUGUCGCUCCACUCGACUUCACCCAGCCCGACUGGGGCUUCCAGCCUGCGUCAUUCGAUCUGAUUCGAAUGUCGCAGCUCUCUGGCUGCGUACCAGACUGGUUGCAGCUGUAUUCCACAGCCUUGCGAUAUCUGAGAGCCGGCGAUGGGUUUAUCGAACAUAUUGAAAUCGACUGGGCGCUUCGCUCUCUACACAACACCGAAGUCACACCCGGCAUGCGAGCCGUGCAAGAAUGGUGGUCACUCAUGUGCCAAGCCUCGUCCUUGCUGAACGGCUCGAUGGCGUACAGAGAGGACACGGCGGAACUGCUUCUGGCCGCGGGCUUCACCGAUCUCAAUCAUAGGAUGAUCCGAAUCCCACUCCAGGCCUCACCGCGCGAUGCGCGAGACUACCUGCUCAAACGCUGGUAUAUUGGCAUCAUGUGUGGCGACGACCAUCGACACAACUCUAUGAAUUCUUUCGAGGCGUUGAGCAUGUCGCUCUUCACCCGGCAGCUGCAGAUGCAUCCCGAUGCUGUUCGACAACUGUGCCAGAAUGUUCGAGAGGCUUACAAGGCAAAUCGAGCGCCAUUCUUCCACAAUAUACACAUCUGGACUGCAAGAAAACCUGUAAGCUAGCACGGAGCUGUUUUGUAGAGGAACAGGCGGGCGGUAUCUGUCAUUCGACAUCGAAACAAGAUCAGCACAAGCAACGCCAGCGCCAUCCAAGCUCGCGGCGCCGAGCAUCUCCAACCACAUCCCGCUCAGAACAGGUUUCCGGUGGGGAUUGAAGACCCGCACGAGUCGAACACACUACUGCACCUUUUGAUACAAACGUAGCGUGGCGUUGCAAGGCUUAGAGA